AUGUUGAUUUCACUUUCUUGGCUGCUUCUUUUUUCCGUGUUCGCCUCCGCGACACUCGCGCUCUGCGACCGCAACAACCCCGCUUUACAGCCCUCUCCACUCCACGCAGGAUGGAGGUGCUCACUGAGCUAGCUUAGGAGCACAAACCACACACGCUUCGAAGUCGAUCAGUUCAACGAGCGUUCGUCACUGCGACUUGAGUAUCAUAGAGCUUCAGGCUGCUCACCGACUUUUAGGUAGUUUCAGCUGUACAGAUUCUGGGCUGGCUUCACAUACAUUCACCUCCGAGUGAGUUAUGUGUUGCUAGCUGGUUCGGGCUCUCGCGUGGGCGUUCUUCUGGGGUGUUCUCGGCCCGAGGCGUCACACGUUGCUGUCGUUACCAGCGACAGUUGUAACAGCCGAUAGUCGGUGCCUAGAGAAAGCAAUUACCAGGCGGCAGUCGUUAACAGCCGACAGUUGUUAAGGCCAGCUGAGGUGACAGCCCUGCCGAGGAUGAUUUUUAAGGAUCUGAAUCCCGUGCUGCACUACUCAUCGCUGCUGCGCCUCGCGCUGCCGUCCAUUCUCCUGCAGAGCGGCGCGCCGCUCGCCAUCACCUUCCAGACCGCGCUGCUCGGCCGCAAGUCCACGGAGAUCGUCGCCGCAUGGGCCAUCGUCGCAACCGCUACGAACGCGGCUACAGUCGUCUUCAACUUCCUCGUUGUCGGCGUCACUGCCAAGGUCACUAAAGUGGUGGCAGUGGGGGCAUGGACGCAGGUGGGGGCCCGUAUUCGCCUGGCGCUGGGAAUGGCGCUGGUGAUGGGGGUGGUGGCGGUGGGGUUGCUGCUGGCGGUGCAGCAGCCGCUGUGGUUGCUGCUGGCGGAUACUCCCAAGGUGCUGCCGCUGGCAAAAAGCUACUUUUAUCUGCGGGUGGUGGGGGUGCCGCCGCAGCUGCUGGUCAUGUGCACCUCGGGAAUCCUCCAAGGGUACAAGAGGGUCAACCUGGUGGCGUGCCUGCAGGGCUGCAGAGUGCUCCUAGACGUGCUCGCCUCGUACAUGGCCCUCUACGUGCUCAACUGGGGCCUGAAUGGGGUCGGACUCGGCACCAUCCUCGCCUCCACCCUCGUCGCCACCGUCGCGUUUGUCUGCAUCCUGCUGCUGCCGCCUGCGGAGGGGCGGCACAAGAUCCACGUGGUCAGCCCCCUGCUGAACACCCUGUUUGGCAGCGCCGGUGGGAAGAAAAGAGCGGGGCUUUGGAGCCCGUGUGGGGAGGGCGGUGUUGGUGGUGGCAGUGGGGUUCGUGAUGAGGAGGAGGAGGACUUGCAUGUGGCUCUGCUGGAUGGGCAGGGGGAGCAGGGGAGCGGGCUUCCCAGCCAGCUACAUGAUCCGCAGCAGCAGCAGCAGCAAGGGGGGGGAGCAGGAGGAGGGGAGGAGUUGACAGAGGAGGAGGAGAGGGUGAACGAGGUGCUGAAUGAGAGCACGUGGAAGUUCAUAUGGGAUGGACUCAGCACCAUGCUGCGAUCGGCACUAGUGCAGGCGUCCUUUUUCCUGGUGCUAGCCUGUGCCACAUCCCUGGGCAUGCAUGCAGUAGCAGCGCACCAAGUAUUGAUGCAGCUGUGGAUGAUCAAUAUCUACAUCGCAGACGGCUUCGCCACCGCCGGCACAAUCGUCGCCAGCAGCAUCGCGGGGCACUUAGCUAAGAGCCGAACUCCAGCGGAGCACGCGAUCCACUUAAGGGACCUAAGGGAGGCGUGCUGGCGGGUGCUGUACAUGGGGGGUGCGGCGGGGGUGGUGAUCGCGGCAGUGUAUCUGGGGAGGCGGGAGGAACUCAUGGGGCUGUUCACGUUCGACGAGGGCACCAAGAGAGAGCUGAGAGGCGCGUGGCUCUACCUGGCUCUCAUCCAGCCCCUUAAUUCCAUUGUAUUUGUGUAUGACGGUCUGAUCUAUGCUGCCCAGGCGUUUUCCUACAUGGCAGCCUGCCUCUCCAUUGGCUUCGUCGGCCUCUUCCUCCCCUUCAUCGCCUUGGCCUACUUCUAUUUCAAGACGCUGGUGGCAGCGUGGGGCGCAAAGGGGGUGCUCAACGCGGUGCGCUUUGUGGUUGCCGGUUACAAGAUACACUUCGACUUCCUCUGCCCCGUGCCCAAGUUCUCUCCCUCAAACCAAACCCUUCCAACUCAACCGCAGCUACCGCUGCCGCUGCUAACUCAACUGCACCAGGCAGCAUUCCUUCUUCUGCUCCUGCCUUUCCCACCUCUUCCUUCCUUGGUUCGUCAUCAUCGUCCUCCUCUGGUUCGUCUUUGAGUCCAUCGAAAUGCAUGCCAUCAGCGUAUGUUGCUCCUCCGCAUAUACCCGCCUGCCAGCCGGAGCAGAAGAGCCGAAGGGGAGGGUGUGGUUGUGACUGUGAUGGGGCUCGUGACUGUAUGCGAGAGUGUGGAAAUGGGAUGCGGAGUGUGGCUGAGGAUGGGGGGCCAGCAGCAGCAUAUGGGGCGGAAGAUGUGUUGUUGAGGCCGUGCUCCAAUAGAGGGUGGCCGCCGCCAUUCCCAGUGCUACAAACGAAACAAGAGGAGCAAGAAGAAAGUGCUCGUUGCAGGUUGAAAUGAUGUGUGAUUGGUGUCACCUGGGAGAUGCAUGAUUCGGCAAUGUAUGCAGACGCUUGAUGUAGGGGGUAUCUGGUUGGGCUGUGGGGUUUAGAUGGAUGGUCGAAUGUUGGAUCGCUGAGUCAGCGUAAUCAGCUGACCCUAGUUUGAAGUGUAUUAAUAUUUCAGUGUAUGUAUAUAUUGUCUCAUAGGUAUAUUGAGAUUAGUAGGGAUGGAGAUAAGAUACUACUACCUGAUUCAUAAUA